AAUACUGGGGAGUUGCUGGGGAGAGGAAAUUCUAAAAAUUAUUAAACGAUUCAAUGAGAUCAAUUUAAUAAAAGAAACUCAUUAUUUACACCAACACGUAGAAAAUAAAGCGCAAUGAAAAUCACUUGUUCCAAAUCAAACCCACCUUUAGGUGGUUUGCUCGCUGCUGAGUUGUAUAGGCCUGCUGCUAAAGGCUUGGAAAUUGAAUGGGGUAGUGAUUCUUCAGUAAAGCUACCUAAUUCAUCAAAAAAUGUGCCAUAUGGUACUAGCAACGACUUGAUUAGAAUCCUGGAGAAUGCAUUUAAUAAACCGGCGAGCCCACUGGAGAGAGUCACAAUGAACCAUUGGCUAUCAUUUAGCCUUAUUUUAGAGGAAGAAAUUCCAAAAUCCUUAGAAUAUCUAGAUAAGAUUUUGGGCCCACUGACAUUUUUAGUAGGAGAAAAUUUAUCAGUGUCUGAUCUAGCAGUUUUUAGUAUAUUGUUUGUUUCUAACAAAGUCAAGGAAGUGUUGAAAUCAAAUUCUCUGAACAAUGUCCAGAGAUGGAUGAAGUUGAUCCAAGCACAGGAGCCUGUAGCAAAAGCUCUGAAAGAAAUCCCUAGUGAUGUCAUGGAAACCCUGGCUAAGGCUUCUUCAAGAAGAUCCCCUGUAGCAACAAAAGAGUCAGCUGGUCGUCAACAGGAAGGAAAGUUUGUUGAUCUACCUCAUGCUGAAAUGGGAAAAGUGGUUGUUAGAUUCCCGCCAGAGGCAUCAGGUUAUCUGCAUAUUGGUCAUGCAAAGGCAGCUCUACUCAACCAGUACUAUCAACAAGCUUUUCAAGGCAAAUUGAUUAUGAGAUUUGAUGACACCAACCCAGCUAAGGAGAAUGCUGAGUUUGAGAAGGUGAUUUUGGAAGAUGUUGAAAUGUUGGAGAUCAAGCCCGACAUGUUCACUCAUACGUCACAAUACUUCGACCUCAUGUUACAAUAUUGUGAGAAAUUAAUAAAAGAAGGAAAAGCAUUUGUGGACGACACUCCAGCAGAGCAGAUGAAGUCUGAAAGGGAACAAAAAAUCGAGAGCAAAAACAGGAAUAACUCUGUCGAGAAGAACCUAAAACUGUGGGAGGAAAUGAAGAUAGGCAGUGAUAUUGGUAUCCAAAACUGUGUGAGAGCUAAGAUUGAUAUGCAGUCUACUAACGGUUGUAUGAGGGAUCCAACUAUUUACCGUUGUAAGCCAGAGGUUCACCCACGCACUGGAACCCAAUAUAAGGUGUACCCAACUUACGAUUUUGCCUGUCCCAUAGUGGAUGCUAUAGAGGGCGUCACCCACACGUUGCGUACUAUGGAGUAUCACGACAGGGAUCCACAGUUCUACUGGUUCAUUGAUGCCCUUGGUCUCAGGAAGCCCUAUAUCUGGGAAUACAGCAGAUUAAGUAUGACCAACACAGUGCUCUCUAAAAGAAAAUUAACUUGGUUUGUUGAACAGGGACAUGUAGAUGGAUGGGAUGACCCACGCAUGCCAACUGUUCGGGGGGUGCUUCGCCGCGGUAUGACGGUGGAGGGGCUACGUCAGUUCAUCCAAGCGCAGGGCUCCAGCAGAUCGGUUGUCUUCAUGGAAUGGGAUAAAAUUUGGGCUAUCAAUAAAAAGGUUAUUGAUCCAAUAGCCCCACGCUACACAGCUCUCGAAUUGAAACCUGUGCCAGUCAAUUUGAAGGGUGUGGCGGGAGACAGCAAGUUGUCUGUGGCACUUCACCCCAAAAACCCUGACAUUGGAACGAAGACUGUUUGGGUGUCCAAGAGACUACUCAUUGAUCAAGUUGAUGCUAAAACUCUGAAGGAAGGAGAAAAUGCCACCUUCAUUAACUACGGAAAUAUAAUGAUUCACAAGAUACACAGAGACAAAGAUGGCACAGUCACAAGCAUUGACGGUACACCCAACCUCGACAAUAAGGACUAUAAGAAGACGUUGAAACUGACGUGGCUGGCCGACACCACACAGUCCCCGAUGGUCGAAACCUACUGCGUAUACUUCGACCACAUUAUAUCUAAAGCUCUGCUAGGAAAGGACGAAGAUUUCAAACAGUACAUCGGUCAUAAAACGAGAUGGGAGAUACCAAUGCUUGGUGAACCCGAACUCGCUCAUCUGAAAGUGGGCGACAUAAUUCAGCUGCAGCGGCGCGGGUUCUUCCGCGUGGACGUCGCGGCCGGUUCCCCCUCCCUGCACACCGCCCGCGCCGCACCCCUCGUCCUGUUCCACAUACCGGACGGACACACCAAGGAAAUGCCUGGACAGCCCAAACCUACUACUCAAGCUGCCCCAGCGAAGCAGAAGGCAACGUCCAAUGACGCUGACAAGCUGAACGCUGAUAUAACGAAACACGGGGAUCUGGUGCGAUCUCUCAAAGCUGCCAAGGCCGAGAAGGCCAAGGUCGACGAAGCCGUAAAGGUGUUGCUAGAACUGAAGAACAAAUACAAAGCUGCCACAGGACAGGAUUGGAAACCGGGCGCCGCACCAGCCGCGCCGGCCGCCAAGAAAGAGUCGGCGAAUUCAGCGGAAGGUCUAAACCAGGAGAUCACCAAACAAGGAGACCUUGUUCGUUCUCUCAAAGCAGCGAAGGCCGAGAAAGCAAAAAUCGACGAAGCGGUUAAGACGUUGCUGGAUUUGAAGGCCAAAUAUAAGGCUGAAACAGGACAGGAUUGGAAGCCAGGCGCAACUCCCGCCGCGCCGGCCGCUAAGAAGGAGACAGGAAAUGCGGACAGUCUGAACCAGGAGAUCACGAAACAAGGAGAUCUAGUGCGCUCCCUCAAAUCCGCUAAAGCUGAGAAGGCGAAGGUGGACGAAGCCGUGAAGAUACUGUUGGAGUUGAAGGCCAAAUACAAGGCGGCUACUGGACAGGAGUGGAAGCCCGGAGCGGCGCCUGCAGCAGCUGCGCCGACGACGCAAAGCAACGACGACGUCGCUAAAGUGUUGUCGCAGAUCGCCGCUCAGGGCGACAAAGUGAGAAAACUCAAAGGGGACAAGGCGGAUAAAGCGACUAUUGACGUUGAGGUCAAGAAUCUGCUGAACCUGAAAGCCCAGUACAAGGCUCUGACGGGCAGCGAGUGGACACCGAAGGCGGCUGCGCCUGUAGCAACUGCUGCGGCAACUCCUCAAGCUACAGCGUCACAGAGCACAAUGAACGGCGCUAGCGGCGACGCGGCGGCGCUCGCGGCCGAGGUGGCCCGCCAGGGCGACUUGGUGCGAGAACUCAAAGGGAAGAAAGCUGAUAAGACAACGAUAGACGCGGAAGUGAAGAAGCUUCUAGACUUGAAGGCAAAAUACCAGGCGGAGACAGGAACGGCGUACGCAGCGCCGGCCGCCGCGCCCCGCGCCGCCAAGGAGAAGAAGGACAAACCCAAGGAGGCACCUAAACCGAAAAAGGAACAGAAACCGAAGGAGCAGUCUCCCAAGCCCAGUCAAGAGGAGUCGUCUUCCGGCGUGAAGAAAGUGACGCGGCUGGGUAUGGAGGCCAGCAAGGAGACCGACCUGCCCGAGUGGUACUCGCAAGUUAUUACUAAAUCGGAAAUGAUCGACUACUACGACAUAUCUGGGUGCUACAUUCUGCGGCCGUGGUCGUACAGCAUCUGGGAGGUCAUCCGCAACUUCCUCAGCACAGAGUUCAAGAAGCUCGGCGUCAAGGACGGAUACUUCCCCAUAUUCGUUUCUAAGGCGGCCCUGGAGCGCGAGAAGGAGCACAUAGCGGACUUCGCGCCGGAGGUGGCGUGGGUGACGCACUCCGGCAGCAGCGAGCUGGCCGAGCACAUCGCCGUGCGGCCCACCUCCGAGACCGUCAUGUACCCCGCGUACGCGCGCUGGAUACAGUCGCACAGGGAUCUGCCGCUCAAACUCAACCAGUGGAACAACGUCGUGAGAUGGGAGUUCAAACAGCCGCAGCCCUUCUUGAGAACCCGCGAGUUCCUGUGGCAGGAGGGCCACAGCGCCUUCCGAACUAUCGAGGAAGCGGCCGAAGAGGUUUUGCAGAUAUUAGAGUUGUACGCGAGAGUUUACGAGGAGCUGCUGGCGAUACCCGUGAUCAAGGGCCGCAAGACCGAGAAAGAGAAGUUCGCGGGAGGCAACUACACCACCACAGUGGAGGCGUUCAUACCGGCCAGUGGCAGAGGAAUACAGGGGGCGACUAGUCACCACCUCGGCCAGAACUUCUCGCGGAUGUUCGAGAUAGUGUACGACGACCCCGACACGCACGAGAAGGCCUACGUCUACCAGAACUCAUGGGGACUCACCACCAGGACCAUUGGUGUAAUGGUACUCGUGCACGGCGACAACAAGGGCUUAGUCCUGCCGCCGCGGGUAGCAGACAUCCAGGUGAUCGUGGUUCCGUGUGGCAUAACAGCGUCCAGCUCGCCCGAGGAGCGCAAGAGCUUGAUGGAAGCGUGCCAGCAGCUUGUCGGCGAGCUGCUCGCGGCGGGAAUACGAGCGGACGGCGACUACCGCGAAAACUACUCGCCCGGGUGGAAGUUCAACCACUGGGAGCUUAAGGGUGUACCGAUUCGCGUGGAAUUGGGGCCGAAGGACAUAGCGAAGGGCCAGGUGGUGGCGGUGAAGCGAGUGACGGGAGACAAGCUGACGCUGGCGCGGACCGCCGCGCCCGCCCGCCUCGUCGCGCUGCUGGAUGAGAUACACACAGAAAUGUUCAACAAGGCAGUCAAAGAGCGUGACGAGAGACUGUCGGUGGUCACAAAAUGGGAAGACUUCACAGAGGCUCUCGAGAGGAAACACAUAUUGAUGGCGCCUUUCUGUGGAAAUAUCCCCUGUGAAGACAACAUUAAGAAUGACAGUGCAAGAACUGAAGAUGAUCCAACAAAUGAAGUUAAAGGGCCUGCUAUGGGAGCCAAGUCACUGUGUGUUCCGUUCGUUCCACCCAGACAGCUUGCUGCGGACGACAAAUGUAUCCAUCCAGGAUGCAAAGAUAAACCCAAGUUUAUUACUUUGUUUGGCAGAAGUUAUUAAAAUUGUUUUUAUAAGUCAAACUUUUUUAUGUAAAA